ACUGACACAGCCCAGACUUGAAGACCCCCAUCACCCUUGCCGAACCCAGGGUAAUGCUGCAGGUAGCAGGGAGCAUACGGACUGCACCCUCCCUGUUGUUCCGGGACUGGAGGACCCCCACUCAGCAACACCUCUCCAACCAGGACCGUUAGAACAACCGAUGGACCUCUGGUGUCUUCAGCUGGGUAGCAGUGCCCUACGCUACAGUGUCACCUCAGCCAUUCAACUAAAAAACAAGCUUUGCGUGGCUAUCGAAGCAUCAGCUGCCUCCCUGGCCUCCCUCAAGGGACAAAUCACAUCACUGGCCCAGGUAACUCUCCAGAACCAACAGGCCCUUGACCUGCUGACAGCAGAAAAGGGAGGUAACUGUCUGUUUCAUCAGGAGCAGUGCUGCUAUUACAUCACUGAAACAGGCCUUGUAGAAGAAAAUGUCAACACUCUCUAUUGCCUCCAAGAGGACCUCUGCAAGAAGCAGAAUGCAUCCGUCUCACCUCUUAACUGGUGGCAAUCCCCCAUGCUAACCUGUCUAACCCCUAUUAUCACUCCCAUCAACGUAGUUUGUCUUCUGUUAAUCCUAGCCCCUUUUUUCCUCAGGUUUUUACAGGCCCACAUGAGAAAAAUUUCCAGGGUGGCUGUAAACCAGAUGCUGCUUCAUCCCUACCUCUGA